CUCAGCAACUCAAUAACUGCAAUAAUAUCUAAUAAUAAAGUUUAUUUAAACAGCACUUAUCCAAACCAGCAAUAGUUUAAAAUGUGAUGAUAUACACGACUAGCUCUUUUUGAAAAUUAGGUAUAGAGUAUUUGGUAAACUAUCUAAUUAAAUAGCAACUGUGUUAAAUUUCAGACUCAUGUAAUCCUACAGUCACGUGACCAAACACAGUUUCUGCUAAUAAAGUCUCAUUUGCAGGAGGCUGACUUCAAACCUAUUGUCCACACUAAAUAUGAGCUGAAACCUGAUCCCAGUCUCCCUCUGCUAACUCAGCCGACUAGCUAGAUAACCUACAGCCGCUUAAACAGCCACAAAACACUGAAAAACUCCAUUCAAAGAGAAGCUGAGCUAAUUCGCCUUUUCCCCACUUUUCUCAUUCCUCAGCGACCUUGUGACGUUUCCCAUUUAACUUCAUACAGAUUAAGCGGCUAACACUGAGCUAAUGCUAACGAUGUUUGACCUGGAAGACGACCGACAGUUGGCAGCAGCCUGAACCACAGAGUCCGGGUUUCCUCCUCCACCGACAGCCAUGACUUGUGUGGCGGAUGAAGACGACCCGUUCCCCGCAGAUGACGGGCUGUUCUCGGACACGUUUUCCCAGGAGUCCGUGUACAGUCUGCUGGGUGAGGAGCUCAGCAUACGGCAGGUGUUCGGCGCUAACCUCGGCGUGGCUGCUCCGGUCUGGGAAGCUGCUCUACAUCUGUGCCGGUACUUCGGGGAGCAGUCGGUGCAGCUGGCCGGGAAACGCGUCAUCGAGCUGGGAGCAGGCACCGGGGUGGUCGGCAUCCUGGCAGCUCGGCUCGGUGCAGAGGUGACCCUUACAGACCUUCCUCUGGCUCUUUCACAGCUUGAAGUGAAUGUCUCUGCUAACAUGCCCUCCAGCGGUUGGCCUUCCUCCCCUCCCUCUGUCCUUCCUUUGUCCUGGGGUGAGGACCACAUGAACUUUCCCUCUGACUGGGAUCUGGUGCUUUGUGCAGAUAUAAUUUACCUCCCAGAGACUUACCCUCUACUCGUGGAGACACUCACUCAUUUAUGCAAAAACGGAGCCUCGGUUUAUCUGUCAUCCAAAAUGCGAAAAGAGCACGAGACUCCCAGUUUCUAUGAGGAGCAUCUACCAAGUAGAUUUAAUGUGGAGCUUGUGCACCGUGAUGACAAACAAAACAACAACAUCUACAAGGCGUCUCUGAGGACAGAUCAGUGACUGCAGGAACAAACUGCUACAGAUCUGGGACUGUACUGAGACCAGUUAUAGUUCUGGAUCCUUGGGUGUGUGUUUUGUUUUGUUUUUUUUAAAGUGAAUGCAUUCUGGAAAAUGCACAGCCAUAAGACACACAUUUAUUUAUAUAUUUAUUUAUUUUUAUGUUGGUCAUUAUCAACCACUUAAGAAUCUGUUGCUCCUGUGAAUUUCUCACUUGUUUUAACUGAGAUUGUGUUUCUACAAUAAACAUCUUAACGUGACUACAAGUGAACAAAA